UUCGGGAGCAGAUUUUUUUAAUUUGCGAAAACUUUACGACUCGAAUUUAUUCAGAUUGUCGUAAUUUCUUCACUCUCUAAUAGUCUGUAUCAAUUUAAAUUAAUGUGUCACGUAAUGGGUACUAAAAUUGCAGCUUAUAUAAUGACUACAUCGUUACUGCUUAAAGAGUCGAUUUAAUUUUAAUUGGUUUCUCUAAAGGCAUCUUUAUUUUAGACAAACGUAAAGGCGUACAUUUUUAAAGCUAUCAAUUCCGAUGGUGUGGUAUUAUAACCAUGAUUAAUGAAACUCUUUCAUCGAACGUACCGUUUACUGUACAGAAUUAAGGGGAACUCCGCACAUGUUGGAAUUUUUCGCACACGGGAUAUUGGAGGCUUUCUGCCUAUAUGAUUACUCUUCGAUUUGUUUGCCCAGACGGCGCCACAACAAUUUCCGACUUCCAAUACAUUGCUAUUACCGUACCAUAGAAGCGCGUAACGCUCGAGAUUAUUCAAUAACUUCUUUAUAUGUGCAAAUCAAUGAUUACUCGAUAUUAAGCACCAGUAAAAUCCAACGUUGACGUAAUUGACAUACAUACAAGAGUGACUUUUUCAAUCUCGAGGUCACUUUAAAACACGAGCCUAUACAUGAGAAUUCCGAAAUAAAACAUGAAUGAACGAACGAGUGAAUCCAAGAUCCCGUGUCGCCUUCGCCAAAAUUGUCAUUCAAAUCUCACGCCUCUCUUCCUCGUAACAAAAAAAAAAGUUUCUCAAGCAUCGCCACAUUUUUUCACACACAUAAACACACAAAAAACGUCGCAUUCGCGCCUUUCACUCGUCUCUGCUAUACUACACACUUCCGAAAAGAAUCAGUACAAAAGACGUGUCAUCAUAAUUUUCCUAGACUACACUUUACUUUAUAACCGGACGGACUCGCGCAAGUUAAACAAUUGCGGGGAGGUCCAAAGCUCGAAGCAGCAGUGCUUGCACCGCUCGUGUCCGUCCGGUGCGUGAAACAGGCCGCUCGUGCAACUAGCCUUAUCGGAUUCUCGCAUCAGUACACUUCGCUCGCGGAAUAUUAAUGGGCCUACGCUCGUUUCUCUGGAGCAGGUAGACCUCCGUCCGCUCCCUCGAUACGUGUCCGUUGAAUCAGCAGGUCUGCUUCCUUAUUUUUUUUUUGUUCGUUCUUGAUUUUUCCUGCUUUUUUCCGGUAUCAUAGACACGAGUAUGUAGACAAUGUUCGAGCGCGCGAAGCGUUGCUGUCUUAUCAUUCGCUCUUCUCUAUGCAAGCGUUAUCGGCGCUCGGCAAACUUCCGCGUAUUUUUUCGCGGCUUUAUCGGAGCAAGGAUGAUUUUUGAGCCUAGUGCCAUCGGCAUCGCUACUUAUGCUCGGGAGAAUGACUUUUCGUAUGUCGAGAGGAACUAGAUGCUUUGAUUACCGUGUGUGCGGCGUACGUGACUCGAAUAGGCUUGUCUAAUCGUUUAAUUAUAUUGAUGACGAUUCGACGAGCGGCGUUUUGUAACAACUUGUCGAUAGACGUGGCUGUAUCGCGAGUAUACAUAGUUCCUACGGCAAGUUAUGCGAACGAUUUCUUCUGGAAUGAUGUUUGUUUGAGUUUUUGAUGAUGCCAAACAUCCGCCCUUAUCGUCUCGUGAUGACGGAGAUUGUAUAACAAGCCUCUGUCUCUCUCCCUUACGCUGCGACGUGUUAUCUUUCUGCGUUGAAUUUUAAUUCAAGCAGCAUUGAUAAACACCUAGUUUUAUUUUUAACGACACAAUCAUCUCACGAUUUGGUAAUAAUGCCAUAUGGGUUACGUAAAACGCGCUUUCGUAUCGCUACCGUGAUAAAUUUUAAAAGCCAAUCGAUGACGUUGCGUGCACAGCUCUCACAAAGUGUCAAAAGCUCAAAGUUUGACAGAUAAAGCUCUCCAUUCAUUGGCACAGAUACCCUUGAGUAUGUAUCGCUCCACGAGAUAUUAAGCGACGACUCGAAAUUUGCGAAACGAAUCUCCGGCUGUAUAGCGCAGUAGGCCAUUGCAAAACUUUCAAACCCCCAUAGCCUGCUCAAAAUUCAGCAAAAGUCCAAACGCAUUGGUCACGCGUGCGCACACGUCAUCCCGCCGCAGCUUUCAUAAUGCAGCGAAUCCCUUAUACGGCAAAAAAGCCUGCAGUUCGCUCGUACUUUCACGCCUAAAGCUCCUGCAAAGACAAUACGCUACACAGUACACACUCACGCUCUCGGCUCUCUUAUUCCGAUCCGACGUGUAAAUAAUGCCUCUGCGCGAGUCUCUGACAUCAUCGAGCCUUUGACAACGCAUCGGAAAGUGCAGCCGGCGAAACAACGAGAACACGCGUGAGCGAGUAAGAGAGAGAGAGAGAGAGAGAGAGAGAGAGAGAGAGAGAGAGAGAGAGAGAGAGAGAGAGAGAGACGUAUCGAAAGAAGAGGCGACGCGCCACACAUCGGCGAACGAAAAGCCGAGCGUGCGCAACCGCGCUUGUACAGCGCUCCCAGCUUCAGUUCAACGGGAACCAGCGACGAAGGACGACGACGACGGCGCCGCUCGAAUCGUAUCGCCGGUAGCGACGACGAGCUCCGAUUUCUCUUCGACUUUUUUUUUGUUAAAUAAGCUCGAUCGGUCGAACACGAGAAUUUGUUUUCAAUAUCACGAGAAUCACGCGCAUAUAAUUUCUGUUAGCGCGGCGUGGCCCUGUUUUCGCGGCGAAACAAAAAUGAGAGAGGCCCGCUGACGCGGGCUUGUGCGAGAUAAUUUUAGUGGUGAUUGAGCGGUGCUUUCAUUCAUCAUGCUGGCUUAUUGGAUCUUGUUGCCGGUGCUCCUGCUGCUGCAACGCGUCGCAGGCAUGAGCGUAAACGAGGUGUCGGAUCCGCGGAGCUUCGCGAUAGAAUCGUCUCUGCAGCAUCAUCUGCGACCAGAGGACGGAUACCCGGACAACGACGGCAUCAGGCGCUUCGAGUGUCCGGCUGGGUUUUUCCGACUGCGACGCUACUGCUACUACCUGAGCGGUGGUACCUCCAACUGGCGAGAUGCCCACUUCCAAUGUACUGCGAGGAACGCGACCCUCGCGGUUCUCAAUAGAUACGGCAAGGACAAGAUACUGCGGAAGUACCUCAUGGGCGAUCAGUUCAAGCCUCUCGAGAGAUGGAUCGGCGGCAUAUACAACUGGCAACAGAACAAUUGGGACUGGGGCGUAUCCGGCGACAAAGUGCUAUUUCGGAACUUUGGCGAUCCGGAGGCUUCGAAGAACCGAAACUGGAUACACCACUGCAUGAUUCUGGACCCGGAGCAGCAGUACAAGUGGAACGCGAGGGGCUGCUACGAGCACAAAUACUUCAUAUGCGAGGUGCCUGCCGGCAGAAUAGGUAAAAGCAGGUGGCGCAAAAACAUAAACAGCGACCCCCUCGCGCCGCAGAAUCAGCGAUUGAGGCCACCGAGAAAAGGCAGCAACAGCAGAGCCGAAAUCAGUCAGCAGCAACAGCUGAUGAGACGCAGGAAGAAGCUCAAAUCCAUGCGAAAAAAGAACUACGACGACAAUCAGGUCUGGGCCCACGGCAUCAAGUUGGGAGCCCGUCCCCCGAAGGGCUCAUACCGAACGUCUUACAAGUGGCAGAAGCUCGGCGCCGGCAAAGACAGGAACAGCAAGAGCCCGCGUCACGGCCACAAGCCGCGCGGUAUGCACAGAGCGGAGCCACGAAUCGAGCAAGCGACUCCUGGUGCCGCUGGAAAGUACGAGGCUUUCCCCGGCGACGGCAGCCUCAGGAUCGACGAGAACCUUCAAAGGCUUGGACCCGACUUUACGCGCGAGGAGGUGCUUCUGAAGGUGUAAGGGAGCAAGGGAGCUGUAUAGGAUUUUAACGAGUAUUUCAUCGAGCUUACAUGAAUUCGCGCACAUCUGCGGGUUAUCGUGUCUCUUUUCGCGAGUAUGUGAAGCUCUCGAGAACGACGAUUUACACGCGCGUCGAGAAAAGGGUUUUUACUACUAGUCGAUGGACAGGAACUAAGCGCUCUAUAUGUAAACGCACAGGUCGCUUAUUUUUCGAACGAUAAGCGACUCUAGUAGGGAAGACCGCGGUGAAUUAUUUGUAAGACAUAUAUUUAUGUUAUAUUUGUAUUAGAUUUUUAGGUACUUAUUCGCGUUACUAUUCAGUAUUUAAUUUUUUCUUCUUACUAUAUUGACCGAUCGACGGUUCGGUUCACGCUGAAUCGGAGGCUCUAUCCUACAAUUUUUGUUCUCUUCAAGAUACAUAUUAGUUUGUAUUAUUGUAAACUUUUAUAGUUUAAGCGAUUCGAAAGUGUAAAUCAUCUCAUAACUGUAUGUAUGAAAAAUUCAUUAAUCAAACCGUCAAGUACAGUAUGUAAUAAGAAAAUCGAUAGGUAUAGUCGUAUGUUUAAAAUCUUAUAAUAAAAUAUUUCUUAUCUUAUCUAUUUAUUAUACAUGUAAACCGUUUUUUAAAGUGCUUAUUAAAUUAUGGUUUACCCUGGUUUCCCUUGCCUGGUGGAAAAAUAUUCAACUCUCGAGACUCAAGAAUGAGUUCUUCACACGUAACGACAUUUCUAUUUUUAUAGAGAAUUUAAUAUACAUAAAUAUCGUCUUACAGAAGAUAAGAUUAAGUACCUUUAAGAAUACCGUUGAUAGGAAAAAACCGACUUGUUGAAUACGUUCACCAUAAAUUGUAAAGCAUUUGACGCCAAAGAAAAUCAAGAGUCUGAUUUCACGAAUUUGUUUUUCUUUCCGGUUGUAAGGGGAUGUCGUCCCAAAAAACAUUGUUUUUCUAUUACAUAAAACUUUUUGAAUAAAGUUUGCAAAUGAAAAACCGAGUCUGUAGCGCCGUAGUGCUAAGUUUAAUGAAUCGUUCUGUCGAAAGAAAAUUUCGAUCGGACUUAUUGUUUUUCUAGAAGUUUGGAAAUACAAAAUACCCCGUGGCGGAUUUGCGAAGCUUUUGGGACGACUUCCCCUUAAUCACGUACCAGUCAUCUAGCGUCAAAUCGUCGAGGCUUUUUAAGUAGUUGUGGAUCUUGAUUAUAAAUGCUAAUUUAUAUUAUUUUGUAAAUUAACCUCGUUAGAAUAUCAGAGACCAUGACGAAUUUCAGAAAAGAACUUUUUGCUCUAAAGUAUAAUAUGAUUAAAAGUGAGUUUAUUAGUUUUUCUUUCUAAAUUUUGAAUCAUCGUAUGUGUUUAGAAAUAAAUUACAGUAUAUGUCAGUACAUACUAAACUACUUUGAUUUUACGUGGAAUGAACCUCGCAUUCUUUUAUGUGGAGAAUCUCCUAUAUCAAAUUAUAAGCCAGUUUUAUUAUUUUGUAUAAUGUAUCUUCAGGAUUUUUAGUUUAAGUGAGUGUAGCUAGCUUAGCUUUUAAUAUUUCACCUGUUAAAUUUGUGAAUGACCACAUACUUUUUUAAAGCCAUUCACACAUUUUUUUUACUGCAUUGCUUGUAAAUAAUAACAAAAGUAUAUUAUAAUGUUAGUAUAUUAGAGCAGAGUAAAUCAAUAUUUGUAUCUAUAAUAAAUAAAUAAUUCUUUGUAUAUUGUGUAUUCGUUACCAUGAUCAAAACUUACAUAUAUCUGCUAGAUUAAAUAAGAUAAAUUUGUAAAACUAUAUGCAUUGAUUGAAAUAAACUCAAAGCCCAAAAUCUGAUA